UGCACCUAUGCACUUUGCUGAUUGAAUGUCGUCGGCGGAGCGAGCAUAUACCUAGCAGACGGAGAGCCCGAGUCGGGUAUCCACCAGAGAGCUCCAACGGAUGGCUCGAGGACACCUGAUUCGCUCGUCGGGAAUCGCAGAGCUGAUGAACUUAUGUACCUGUACAGGUUGGUUCCUUGCUCGGCGCCCGAAUAUAGUAGCAUCUCGGAUUUGCUCGAUUUUCAUCCCAGCCCUCGCCUCCAAAGUUCCGGGAAAGGUUCCAGAACGCUGCAAUUCUGCUCGCCUGUUGGACGGCAAGCCGCUAACGAGAGCUUCCUGCCUUCCUCUGCGAGGAAAGGAAAAACAUAAUUCCCGCCGCCGGGCACGGGCCGCCGUAGCGUCGCGACAGAUCGAGCAAGUCCACACAGACGAGCCGGCCGCGGAUGGAUAUACGUACAUGCUCUAUCUCUCGACUUCCUGCUAUCUAUCUUGUCCUAUCACCACUCCCAUGUGCGGACUCAACCGCACGCUCUCAGGCUCCCAGGCUCUCUCAGGCUCCCAGCACAUCUUUGGACGAAUCAUCCGGUGUCCUCUGGGAUCGCGUCAGUCCUCGCCUCGGAUUCGAGAGGAUCAUGAAGCAACCUCCAUGCACUCGUUGGAGAUAAGGCUGGAUAUCUUUUCCUCUGCUGGGACGGCCAGCCGCAGUACAUACCGUAUGUAGCUAUCAGUCACCAACUGCGGUGGCCCCACCUCCGUUAAUCUGCGUGUCGUGGUGUAGAUAUACAACCACACCACACAGCUCAGCCCAUAGAGCCCGCCCUCCGUCGUGGUUGCCGGGAACAAUUGGCGGGUUC